CUCGACAGACAAGCGCGUGCGUUCUCUCCGCCUUCCCUACAGCUCGUGUAGUUUAAAGUGCUCCGCGUGCAGGUGGUGCUUGCGGCUCUGGUGCAGACAUCAGGAUGAUACGAUGCGCUCAGCUCCUCGCAGCACUGUUAUACUGCUUAGUGUGCAUACAUUCUCUACCGGUGCCAGAAGGAAAAAACAGCCACAGGUACAAAGCUGCUGCGGACUGGUCUCAAAAGACCCAUCACCAUGGCCUGAAGAAAAGGGGGAGACUUCAUCAUGUUCAGGAUACUCUGAGUGAAGACUUUGGCAGUAAGAGAGUGCAGUCACACUUGUCUGUUCCCAAGAAUGGCACUGAACUCUGGAACAGACCUCGCUGUGGAGUCCCAGACUACCCAUUACAGAAGGGGGGGAGCGCCUUUCAUUACUCAUCCCACAAAGAAGGCUUUCUUGGGGGCCGUCAUCGACAAAAACGCUUUGUUUUGUUUGGAGGACGCUGGGACAAAACAGACCUCACCUACAAGAUCAUGCGCACCCCUUGGCAGAUGAGUUUAGAGAAAGUCAGACAUGUGCUGCGAGAGGCGCUUCAGGUCUGGAGUGACGUCACCCCUCUCACCUUUACUGAGGUCACCAGCAGCCGGGCGGAUAUCAUGAUCGACUUCAACAGGUACUGGCAUGGAGACAAUCUUCCUUUCGAUGGCCCAGGAGGAAUUCUUGCCCAUGCCUUUUUCCCCAGAACGUAUAGGGAGGGAGAUAUUCACUUUGACUAUGAUGAGUCUUGGACGGUGGGCAACAGUAUGGGUACAGACCUCCUUCAAGUGGCUGCUCAUGAGUUUGGUCAUGUUUUAGGAUUGCAGCACUCCAUGGAACCAGGCGCAGUGAUGUCUCCUUUCUACACCUUCUCCUACCCACUCCAACUGAGUGAGGAUGACAAGCGGGGCAUACAGUCCCUAUAUGGGUCAAAACACUCAGAUGAGAAAAUAAAGAAGGAGAGACCACCUAAAGUCACAGAAACCAAUGAGGUCGAAAGCACAAUGCCUGAUGUUUGCCAAACAGACUUCGAUGCUGUAUCUAUGAUCCGAGGCGAGUUGUUUUUCUUCAAGUCGGGUUAUGUAUGGCGGAUCCGUAAUGGUAAACUCCAGGCUGGAUAUCCUGCACUGGCAUCCAGGCACUGGAGAGGAAUCCCAGACAACAUUGAUGCUGCUUUUGAGGACAAGUCUGGAAAUAUCUGGCUCUUCCAAGGUCAGAGUUACUGGGUGUUUGAUGCAGAGCGGCAGAUCACUGGCCCAGACUCAGUACAGCGACUGGGUCUAACAGUGACUGACAUUCAGGCAGCCCUUAUGUGGGGAGAAGACAAGGCCCAGAAGAUCUACUUCUUCAAGUCAGGAAGCUACUGGCGUUUCAACCCGUUGGAAAACCGUGUAGACACAACCAACGUUCGCAGCAUGAGGGACUGGAGAGGCAUACCGAAUGACAUAGACGCUGCUUUCCAGGACUGUUAUGGAUUUGCCCACUUCUUAAAAGGAAAUCAGUACUGGAAGUUCGACCCAGUGGAAGUGCAGGUGCUAGAGGGAUAUCCACGCUACAUCGGUAUGGAUUUCUUCGGUUGCUCUGCCUCCUUGUAUUGAUAAAUUGUGGGCUAGAUGUAAUUAAUCCUAAAUUCAUCACUGGGGUCUUUUUUACCACCUACUAUCCUCCAAACAGUUGCACAUGAUCAAGGUGGCACUAAUUAGAGAGCUGCAAGAUUUGUCAGGUAGAGUGUCAGAUACAGGUGAAACUCGAAAAAUUAGAA